UCUUGAAAAUCUAAAAAUCCCAACAAGCUGAACAGAUUUUAACAGAAAGAAAACAAAUAAAACUCUCACCAGAUUUUAUAUAUAUAAUCCUCACCAUCACACUCAAUGGUCUCUCACUUUCACUCCUCCAAUCUCAGCCGUUGAUUUCACCGAUCGAUGAGCCUUAUGUUCUUGGAAUCUAGGGCUUCAUCUUCUUCCUCCUCUUCUUCUUCUUCUUCUUCAUCAUCGUCUAACAUCUUCAACCUCAAUCCUAAUCUCCAUCUACAAUGUCUUCGAAGAUCAACAGCAACAACAACAAUCAUCGGAUCAACGGCCAGAUUUCUCUCCAGCCGUGUCCCCACCUCGCCGAUUUCCGAUCCCGGCACCGGUCCAACCCGUUCCGAGCUCUGCAGGAUUGUCUCCGGAUCAAGCCGCCGGGAGGCCGCGCCGCGAUCCGCCGGGACCCCAGCGAGGUCCCUCUCUGCGGCGCGUGCGGCGACUCCGGCGGCGGUCGCACUCGCCUUUACGCUUGCGUUUCCUGCGCCGCCGUGCACUGCCACGCGCCUCCCGGCGGCGGUCCGUCGCACGCGGCGGCGCACGCGGAGUCGACGAGAGGAGGUGGCCACGAGAUCGCCGUCGACGUCGAUCGCGCCGAGCUCUUCUGCUGCGCGUGCCGCGAUCAGGUCUACGAUCGCGACUUCGACUCCGCGGUGGUCCUCGCUCAGACCGCAGCGUCGACGCUCCACGCGCCGCCUCACUCCGUCACAACGCCGACCACGAUCCGAUUACCUCAGCCUGAAAACCUAAGGAAACGGCGGCGAGUAGAUUACCGGCCUUGGACCCCGGAUCCGAGAGAGCGAUCCUUAAUGGGAAGCUCAUCUAGUCCCCUAAACGGCACCGUUUCCGAUUCCGAUUCAAACUCCGAUUCCAGAUCCAACGAUUUGUUACCCUGGGGAUUGCGCGGACUCAACAAUCUCGGAAACACGUGCUUCAUGAAUUCGGUUCUGCAAGCUCUGCUUCACACUCCGCCGCUGAGAAACUAUUUCCUCAGCGAUCGGCACAACCGAUUCUAUUGCCAAAAGAAGAGCAAUUGCAAUGGAAAUGGCAAUGGAGACGGCAUUGCGAAUCGGAGAAAUGCGAGCAACAGUGAAAAGAAUAAUAAUUCGCGGAUGUGUUUGGCUUGCGAUAUGGACGCCAUGUUUUCGGCCGUUUUUUCGAGAGAUCGGAAGCCUUAUAGUCCUGCAAAGUUUUUGUACAGUUGGUGGCAACAUGCUGCAAAUCUGGCAAGCUAUGAGCAGCAAGAUGCUCAUGAAUUUUUCAUUUCAAUGCUAGAUGGGAUCCAUGAAAAGGUCGAGAAGGAACGGCGCAAACCACAUAGUCAGGGCAAUGGAGACUGUUGUAUUGCUCAUAGAGUAUUUUCCGGUAUCCUGCGAUCUGAUGUGAUGUGUAUGACCUGUGGUUUCACAUCUACAACAUAUGACCCAUGUGUAGACAUCUCACUGGACUUGGAGCCAAACCAAGGGGGAUCUGCAAAGAUGGCGCCCACAAAGUCCAAUCAUGCUUCCAACGGUGAGGCGGAUUGCCUAAAUUCAAGUCAAAACAGUGGGAUAUCUACCCUUGUGGGAUGCUUGGACCGUUUUACAAGACCUGAGAGAUUGGGCACCGACCAGAAAUUUUUUUGCCAACAGUGUCAGGUGAGGCAAGAGUCUCUCAAACAAAUGUCCAUCAGAAAGCUUCCAUUGGUUUCUUGCUUCCAUAUCAAAAGAUUUGAGCAUUCCUCAACACGGAAAAUGUCGAGGAAGGUUGACCGUUACUUGCAAUUCCCAUUUUCAUUGGACAUGGCGCCCUAUCUCUCAUCUUCAAUCUUGAGGCGUAGAUUCGGGAAUAGAAUUUUCCCUUUUGAUGGGGAUGAGCCAGAGGCCUCAAAUGAGUUGUCGUCAGAGUUUGAGCUGUUUGCUGUUGUCACUCAUACAGGUAAACUAGAUGCUGGACAUUACGUGACUUACUUGCGGUUAAGCAACCAAUGGUAUAAGUGUGAUGAUGCUUGGAUAACUCAAGUCAAUGAGAACAUUGUGAGGGCCGCACAAGGAUACAUGAUGUUUUAUGUACAGAAGAUGCUAUAUUAUAAAGCAAGUGAGAAACAGGUUGCUGCAUGAUAUGGUGAAGCAAGAAUUGAUACCUAUAUUAAUCGCACAAAACGAAUGAAAAUUGGACGAAUUGUUGAAGUUAUGGUUAUUAUUUGAUUGUGCAUCAAAGAAUGCCAUGGCUAGUUUUGUAUUGCUUGAAAACAAGUCAUUGAGUUGGCAUUGUCAUUGGCAAAUUACGAAGCAGCUUCUCCUCCACUUUGCCCUCUAGAGGACAUUUUUGAGCGGUGAAUUUAAAAUUCUCAGUUGGAGCAUUAAGCCUGAUUUUUUGAGGCGAUGUGGCAGUUGGGAAAAUUAAUUUAUAGAGGUAUUUAUUUCUUAAAAAAAAUGAUUUCUGAUAUUGAAUUCUGGUGUUGGUAGACUGGUGGUUUUGUUGUCAUGGAUUAUGGCUGAAAGUCGCAACACUUGAAUAUGUACUUUAGCAGUGUACUAAUCUGCUUAUACUUGGCAUAGUCAUAGUCAUAGUCAAAAAUCAAAGUUUAGAGAUAAAUCUCUAGCAUAAUUUCCAGUUUCAA